AGGAAAUCCCCUCCGUGCAAAAGUUGCACUUUGUGAUGGGGCGAGCAAUUGAUCCAAGAGCCACGCUGGAUUCACAAGGUGGCAUUUUCCCUGACUCCAGGACCUCUGAGUGUCAGCAGCAGCUGAUGUCUGCUGAUGGAGAAACUCUCCACAACUUGUGGUUCAUCCCUCACUUCUCUGAAGUCCUGUACAUGUUCAGAACACUUUCAGUCUCAUUUCUCCAAACUGGGAAACACAGACGCGACGUUCACCUGCAGGAGAGGAGAGGAUGCUGCUGGCUCUCUGUCAGCUGACUGGGGAGGAAGCGAAGGCAUUGGAGCAGAGCUGCAGGAGAUCCAGCAUCAGGUCGAGCAUCUGUCUGAUCCCAGCAGCCUGCACUCUGUCGGACGUCUGCUGCAGCUGCGCAGGAACGUCCUCCUGCUGCAGUUUGAUACAGCUGUGAGACUCCUCAUCAGGGAGGGGUUUCUCUCCUCCGGUAACAUUGCUUCCUAUCAGAGUGUGAGCGACAACAUGGUGAACGCUCUCCCUCUGCUGAGCGACAACAUCCAGUCCAACCUCAUCAGUGUCACGCUGCCUGUCCCCCAACCUCUACUGACCCGAGACUGUCAGGCACAGAGGAUGUACCCGUGGAGAAGUUUCUUGGCCCACCAUGGAUUGUUCCCUCUGCGUGUUUGGGACAUCCCUCUUAUUGAAUACUGCAUGCAGCUGUGUCUGAGUGGUCUGAGUGAUCGCAGCAGACUGCAAGCCAACGCAGCGAUCCUCGGUGUGUCUCUGCUCAUGGAGGACGUCCUGAACAGUGGACAAGAAGCAGGGCCUGUGCGUCUCCAUGACAAAAAGGAAGACACUCUGCAUGAUGAAAAACCUGAAGAUGAGGAUAAACUGUGUAUGGAAACUGAAGAAGAAGGGGAAAAAGUUUCUGUGUCAGAGUCUGCUCUUCCUCUUCAGGUUCCAAUCAGGGUUCAGUCUGUACUCAGAGGUUUCCUCCUGCUGACGAAGCAGCUUCAGGUGUUUAAGGAGAGCUGGGCUCGAACUCGUCUGGGUGUUCAGGUGUUCACGGAGCCCAGUUUAUAUCAGCAGUUUGUCAAACUCUACAGAGCAGAAAUCUUUUACCCCAGUAUGAGAGCUCUGGCUCGACACAUGGGUAAAGAGCGGGACUACGAGGUUUUAGUUUCUGGCAGCCACUCACUCCUGCCUCCACCUGGAGCUUCAGAGGUGGAUGUGAAAACCUGGCAGGUUCACAAACUGCUGGAGAGCACUGAGUGUGAGAUGAUCCGAGCAGUGCAGAGGAGGAUCAGCAGAGAGAUGACCCUGGUGCUUUCAGAGCGAACUCGACACGACACAACUCUACCCACAGAUCUGUGGAGGAAAUCCUCAGUGAAGUUCAGUUUUUCCUCUGAGCGUCCGCAGAUCCUGGAGACAUUCAUCCAGCAGCUGAUGGAGGGAGCUGGGGAAGCUGAGGGACAGCUGUGUGUCUCUAAGGAUCACCUCCAGCAGAGUCUCACUCAGCUGGGCUGCUCUGUGAUGGAGCGAGAGCGUCGCAGCUUCCUGCUCUACUCUCAGUUUUAUGAGCAGAUCCUCCAACAGGAGAAACAGCUGCUGCUUCAUAAGGAGCAGGAUUUAAAACAUCUGAAGGACUCUCAGACCAGCAGCUCUCACAAAGAGGUGUCCUCAGUGUGUCGUGGGCUGCUGGUGGAGAUCUCAGAGCUGCAGGCUCAGGCCGCUCACCUGGAGGAGGAGAGGAGAACUCAAGAGGAGAGACUCAGUCUGAGAUUUAGGGAACGAUAUGAGCCUUUGGUGCGACACCUCUGCACCACCUGCAUACAGCUCAAGGUCAGACUUAAGGAGCAGCGUCUUCAGGUGGAGCAGGAUGUGAGCGAGAUGGUGAGCAGAGUCAGAGGUGAGGGAGUGGACCGAAUCAUCAAACUCAAGAAAAAGUAUGGCUGCACCAAAGACAAUGAUGCACUCAGUCUCACAAAGUCACAGAAAGAAGAAGUCCAUGAGCUACAGCAGGAGAAUAGACGGCUGAGCGCUCUGAUCUGUAAACUGAAGACUCUUAGCCGCUGGAAGCAGCUGGUGGACCAGGAGAAACUUCACCGACAGCUGCUUCAAGCUCAGCAGAGAGAAAUCAGCUGUCGCAGUGAGGCCCUCAGAGUGAAGAUGAGAGCAGAAGAGGAAGUGAUCGUCCUGCAGGAGGAGCUGAAGGCAGUGAGGGCUGAGUUAACCUGCAGUCAGGCUGAGUGCAGCCACAACAAAAAAAUGCUCAGUAAGAGGACAGAGGAGCUGCGUGUGUCACGGCAUCAGUCUGCUCAAGACGCCCAGAGUCGGCAGGAGCUGGACAGCUAUCGCGUGCAGAGUCUGGAACAAAUGAGAGCCGACAUGGAGGAGAGAGAGAGACAGCUCAGAGAGCUCAGCGAGCAGCUGGACCGAGGCAGCAGGAUGAACCGGAUACACCGACAACGCAGCGCCAAAGAGAUCCAACAGGUGAGGGGAAAGCUGCAGCAGGAGCGCAGCUUCAAACAGGAAGCCUUCGAGCAGGUGGACAGACUGCAGAGCCAGGUGAACCACAUGGAAGCAGCUCUCUCCAGGUGUACUCCUUCAACAGGGCAGAGCAGGACAUAUUACACGCUGUCAGUCAGCAGAUUGAGUGAUGGGAGCCCCUCAGCAGGUUUACGCCGGGCCGCCCAGCAGUCCGCUCUGCAGCUUGGCAGCCUCACAAACGAUGCCACGCUUCAGGACUUGGCUGCAGAGCAACGACAACAGAGAGCAGAAAGAGCCAGGAGCCAUUCACACGCGAGAACGGAGAGACCUAAAGCAGAUCCGGCUCGCCUGCGUGUCCUGACUGCUGAGACAUCCUUACCAACCCUGUGAGAUUCACCCUGCGGUAUUUUAAUAAGCAACACAGACUCGUUUAACAAGUUAGCUGCUGUUUGACAUGCACAGCAGUCUGUUUUC